AUGCGGCCAGCUCGAGACAACGCAUCAGGUGCGACUAGCCUGCGGGUUCCUGCCGACUUGGCGCGGAGCACUUUGGCAAGCCUGCCCUUCCCGCCUGACCCGCCGGCCCCCCGGCCCCCAAGCGCCCCUCCGACGGAGUCCCCAGGCCUUUUCACCGUGGCCGCUCCAGCCCCGGGAGCGCCUUCUCCUCCCGCCACUCUGGCGCACCUUCUUCCCGCCCCGGCCAUGUACAGCUUGCUGGAGACCGAGCUCAAGAACCCCGUGGGGCCACCCACCCCAGCGGCAGGCGCGGGCGGCCCCGCAGCCCCCGGCGGCGCAGGCAAGAGCGGCGCGAACGCAGCCGGCGGAGCGAACGCAGGCGGCGGCAACGGCGGGGGUUCGAGUGGCGGGGGCGGGGGCAGCGACCAGGACCGCGUGAAGCGGCCCAUGAACGCCUUCAUGGUGUGGUCCCGUGGGCAGCGGCGCAAGAUGGCCCUGGAGAACCCCAAGAUGCACAACUCCGAGAUCAGCAAGCGCUUGGGCGCCGACUGGAAACUGCUGACCGACGCCGAGAAGCGGCCGUUCAUCGACGAGGCCAAGCGACUGCGCGCCGUGCACAUGAAAGAGUACCCGGACUACAAGUACCGGCCGCGCCGCAAGACCAAGACGCUGCUCAAGAAGGACAAGUACUCCCUGCCCGGAGGCCUGCUGCCCCCCGGCGCCGCCGCCGCGGCCGCCGCCGCCGCCGCCGCCGCCGCCGCCAGCAGCCCGGUGGGCGUGGGCCAGCGCCUGGACACGUACACACACGUGAACGGCUGGGCCAACGGCGCGUACUCGCUGGUGCAGGAGCAGCUGGGCUACGCGCAGCCCGCUACCAUGAGCAGCCCGCCGCCGCCGCCCGCGCUGCCGCAGAUGCACCGCUACGACAUGGCCGGCCUGCAGUACAGCCCCAUGAUGCCGCCCGGCGCCCAGAGCUACAUGAACGCCGCCGCCGCCGCCGCCGCCGCCUCGGGCUACGGGGGCAUGGCGCCCUCGGCCGCCGCCGCCGCGGCCGCCGCCUACGGGCAGCAGCCCGCCACCGCCGCCGCCGCGGCCGCCGCCGCGGCCGCCAUGAGCCUGGGCCCCAUGGGCACGGUGGUGAAGACCGAACCCAGCUCGCCGCCGCCCGCCAUCACGUCGCACUCGCAGCGUGCGUGCCUCGGCGACCUGCGCGACAUGAUCAGCAUGUACCUGCCACCCGGCGGGGACGCGGCUGACGCCGCUUCGCCGCUGCCCGGCGGCCGCCUGCACAGCGUUCACCAGCACUACCAGGGCGCUGGGACUGCCGUCAACGGAACGGUGCCGCUCACCCACAUCUGA